UUGUUGUGUUUUUUUCUGCAGGGUUCAACACGUCGACUAACGUGGUCGUCCUGGCAGGAACCAACAGACCCGACAUCCUGGAUCCGGCUCUGAUGAGACCGGGACGCUUUGACAGGCAGAUCUAUAUCGGUCCUCCAGACAUUAAGGGCAGGGCGUCCAUCUUUAAAGUUCACCUGAGGCCCAUCAAGACGGACCCCACUAUGGACAAAGACGGCCUCGCCAGGAAGAUGGCCGCUGCCACGCCGGGAUUCACCGGUACGUUUGUUUUAAAUCGGAAAUAUCGCCAAGUAACUUGCACAUACGAGGAAUGUGUCUUGGUGUACUUGGUGCAAACUUAAACACAGUUAAAAAAG